CUCUGCAUUCGCUGCGGGAUUGGUAUUCUCAUCGUGAUACGACAGCAUGAUCAUAUGGAGGGAGACUCUUGUGAUUUAAUAGAACUUUUGGGAGUGUUUAAACAUAUAUGUAAAACUUUUACCUUGAUAAAUUUAAUUAGUACAAGUUAUGGCAGAGUCAAGUCUUGACGAUUUUUUCGCGAAGAAGGACAAAAGUAAAAAGAAAAGUAAAUCAAAAAUAACCCCUGGUGACAUUUUGUCACAGCAGGAAAAAGAGCUAGGUUCUGUCAAGAAAGAAAAGAAAAAGAAGAAGAAAGAUGGCGAACCUACACAAACGUCUGCUUCAGGAGCUGAGGGUCAAACGAAAAAGACGGAAGAUGAUGAAUGGGUUGAUUUUGAACAAGAAACAGAGAAAGACUACACGGGGCUGAGAAUUCAGAACCUCCAGAUCAAUAAGGAUAAAUCAGAUCAAGAGGACGAAGGCAAUGAGAAUGAAAACGAUGAGGAGUGCGAUGAAAAUGGAGAGAGGAGAGAAGGUGCCCAGGGCCCAUGGAAUGUGAGUCAGGGGCAGACAACUCAACAACAACCAGCACCCCAGGCUGCAGCUGCUCCACCACCUGUGGAGGAAAGUAAAUCUGACACAACUCCAGCACGGACUGGUAAAUACAUCCCACCAUCAAUGAGGGGAGGAGCUAUGAGUGCUAGUUCUACUGAUUCACCAGUCAGACCCACCCCCAGGAGGAAAAAGGCGGCUCCCAAUUUAAGUAGUGAGGAGGAUUUCCCCACUCUGGGAGGGGGACCAACACCUGCAGAGCUCAGUGAGCUAAGUGGCUCAUCCUUUAACCGAGUGCAGUCAGGAGGGAAGACUAUGGAGGACCCAAGCAAGUCCCAUCAGUCCCUGUCCCUGGGGAACAAAUUCUCUGCUUUACAGGACUAGUGACCAACAGGUUAUUGUGAGGGAUCCUUCAUCAUCAAACAUUUCCUACGACUUUUUCCUUCAAUUUCAAAAAAUGGAUGAGAGAGAAAUUAAUUGUGAUCAAGUGCUUAUUUGAAAACUGAUAAAGAAUGACAGUGAAUGCUUUGUUAAAUUUUGAACCAUUUGUUUCUUUUAAUAAUCACAAUUUGUUUGGACAAGUAUUAUUCUGCAUGUCUUAGUGUGCCAAGCUAUGAUGGGAAUGAGUGAUAGCAGAAAAAGUUUAUUGUUACAUCUGUAGAACUAGUGAUUGAUAUUUAUGUGUGCUCUUUCUUUUUCUAUGCAUACAAUAAUGACUGAGUGAUACAUGUAUUGUUUAAGUUUAAAGAAUUAAAAAAUUCGAACUUUUAUUUUACUCUUACAAGUAGAAAUCAAAGAUUUAAACAUUAUGAUUAAGUCAAUUUUCAUGUCUUCCUUUAUUUUUGGCUUAUUCCUCCAGAAAUUGUUACCAAUUCAAUUGGAUAAAAAUUCCUUUUAUACAUUUAAUAAUGGUACGUGUACUUUUAUUGUAAAUGGGUGUAUUGCUUAAAAGGUUAUAUUCAUCUGUUCAUCAUUUACUGUACACAACAUUUUAUUUGUUGUGUUGAAAAAUUGUUAAUAUCAUAUAUUUGCAACAAGGUUGCAGACAGUAAUUAAGGACAUACGCAGUGUAGUUUGGAACUUUAUUUUUUAUUCUCUGUAUUAUUGAAGAGUUCCAAUAAUUGAAGGAGAUUUUUAUAAUGUCUAAUGAUGCUGUACCUUUUGUAAAACAAAUUUUGAGAAAAUACUAGGGAUGUCAACGAAUAGUCGACUAUUCGACUAUCAGUCGAAUGGACUGACGAUCGAAAAAUGAAACGACAUUCGAAUAUUAUUACAAAUAAAUAAAUGCAACAAAAGAGUGAUAACGAGAUGAAAUUCUCAUCUCAAAAUUUGAGAAACCGUCUUUUCUCAAAAAAGUCGAUGAUUAAUUUCCUCAACAAAAAACGGUUGAUUUUCCAUGUACGUAAAGAAAGUACAGUAAUUAUAAGUUCCUCACUACUGCGACAAUUAUCUGUCAGUAAUAGUGUCGUUUUUGUAAUAAAUUACCCACCAAUAUACUGGGCUUUGUUUGUAAAAAUUAAUUGGACUUGAUCUUAAAUCGUGUAUCAAUUAUCUUUUGUAAUUAUUAAGACUGCUCAAAUGUAAAGAACGAACCAUAGCUGUGUCAUGUUUUGACACUUCGAUAAUUAUUAAAAGAAUUCGCUUACAUUUAAAACUGUUUAAGGACAUCUUCAUAGCCUGAGCAAUCAAUAAUUGAAUAAGCAGUAUCUAACUGUUUAACAAUUUUACAGGCACCUGACGUGUGGAUAGUGUGAUAUUAAUCCCCUCCCCCAAUUUAUUUCAUAAUAAACUUUGAAUUAAAAAAAUUUUGACUGGCAAUUUUUUAUACUUACUAUAAUAGACACUAACUGCACGUACAGACCGAUUUAUGAAUUUGAUUGACAGGGAAAUCAUACAUUAUUUUUGGAGAAUUAGGUUUCUUAAUUUAUUUCAUAUAAACAUGUGUUACGUUGCAUUAAUUUUGAUGUUACCUUUUAAAUAGAUUUAAGUAAAGAGGUUUUUGAGUUAUAAUAUGUCAUAUACUAGUGAAGUUUGAAAUAAAAUUUUAUUUUCAGAAAAUGUUCCGAAUAUUUGACUAUCGUUCGAAUAAUGCAGUCGAAUAAUCGACUAAGGAAAAUAAAUAUUUUGACAUCCCCAGAAAAUACCCAACUGAAACUGCAUACUUAUGUUUGGUAAUUUUUUUUUUUAUAUCACAAGGAAUUUCAUCAUUUGAUACCUAUUUAAAACCCCUGAUAAUGUAUGAUGAUUUUGUCAAAGAACAUCAGAUGGUACUAUGAUUUUAUAUCAAGAAAAUUUUAAAAAUUAUUAAAGGGUAAGGUAUGUUGUAAGAUAUGUUGCGUAUGACCUUAAAUAGUCUUUGAAUUGGAAUUUUUUGUAGUUUAUAUCACACCUAUGGUGCAACUGGUCAUGUUUUUAGCAUCAUUUAUACAUAUAUUGUAACAUCUAAGCCUUCUUUAUACUAUGUAUUGCUGCGAGUGUUUUAUGUCAACAGCUAAUCAGAAUUAAUAAGCAUAUACUAGAAUUUCUGAUUAUAUGUUGCAGAGUAAUUGAACGCUACAAAAUGAAUCCAUCCCACUAUGUAUUCGCAGCCCCAUGUGUGAAGGUAAUGUGUGAUAAAUAUAAAACACUUUUGUUACACUACAUUGUUAUUCAUUGUGUCUUUAGGUAGACAUGUUGGAUGUCAGUGGCUCACAAGUCACCACUGGCAAGGCUUACUGUCCAUUUUGUGUCAACAGAAAAAAAAAUUUAACAUUACAAAUAUUUCAAUUUGAUACUCUUAUAUCUGUCAACAUUACACAUCAAAAGACUGUAUGUUGGACUUUAAAUGGAUUUUUUUUU